CCAGCGAGUUAUUUGUAUAGAAAAGGAGCGUCCCAGCUUUGCGCGCACGCACUGAACUUUUAGAUCGUUUCCAGAAAGUGCUUUGACUAAACUUCCACACGCUUCCUCCGGUGUCCGAGCGGCUGAUGAUGUUCAACAACAAAGAGGAGGAAGGCAGAGAAAAAGCCAAAUAAAGAGCUGGACGUGACUGGUAUGAAUUAUGUUGGUGACUGUGAUUUAGUGGCUGGGAGUGCGCUCCUCCGGACUGCGGUGGAUGUAUGGUUAGGUGAAGACUCCCCCAUUUUUUGAUAGAAUUAAAGUCGGUGGAUUUGAUUCAUAGCCGUAUAGAUAUGGAAAACCACGUGUUGUUGCCAUGGAUGCUCCUGUGUUUACUCCUGCGGCCAUCGGUAUCACAGAACCCUCUACCUGAAGGAGUGCUGAACUGCUGCGAGGGCGACGUCCUCUUCUUACUGGAUUCCUCUGGAAGUGUGUCAUCUUAUGAGCACUCUCGCCUGCUCUCCUUCCUGUCUGAGCUCCUCCUCCCCUUCUCGCUGGGAGAGGACCAGGUGAGGGUGGGACUUCUGCAGGUGGGCACCCAACCCCGCCUAGAGUUUGGCUUUGACACCCAUAACACCCAAACUGGCCUCCAGGGAGCUUUGAGGAGCAUCAGGCCACUGAGAGGAGACACCAAUACAGUGGAAGCACUUCGAAUGGCCAAAGACAGGGUCCUGAGACCUGGAACACCUGACGGGGCCAGGGUGGGACUCCCACGAGUGCUGGUGUGGUUGACGGAUGGGGUGAAACCAGGGGAUGUGACUGGACCCAUGGCUAAGUUGCAGGAUGAGGGUGUGGCUGUGCUGGUGGUCUCCACCGGGCAUGGAAACUACCAGGUGUUGAGGGAGGUGGUAAGCCCACCUGUGGAAAACCACCUGUACUUUGUGGACAUCGAUGACAUGAGCAUAAUUACAGAGGACCUGCGGGAUGCCAUCAUUGAAAUUAUCAGAGCUGAGAGAAUCCAUGCCCGAGAUGUGUCCACCAACUCUGCUACUCUCCACUGGCGACCUGUCCUGUCUGGUUUAAAUGGCCACUAUGAAGUCCGCUUUGGUCCGGUUCCGACAGGAGGAACAGGAGGCGGUGGAGGGGGUGGGACUGGUACCAGUCCGAGCACUGGUGGUAGCCAUUACCAGAGGUUUACCCAGUCUGCAGACUCCAGUACCGCCAGGCUGACGGGCCUGAAGCCUGAUACCACAUAUGUUGCCACUCUGACUCCGGAGUCAAAUGAACAAGCAUUUAAUACACUCUCUGUCACUUUUACAACUAAACCAGAGGUGCUGAGUCCAGCUGUUGUAAGUAUCUCAGAGUCAGGGCACAACAGCGUUCGGAUAAGUUGGGGUCCACUUCAGCCAGAGAAGGUCAUAAGUUACUACAUUGAAUACUCUGCACUGCCCAGGGGAAAGCUGCACGCUGUCACAGUUGGCCGAACCCAAAACUCCACUCUCCUCAGAGACCUCCAACCAGAUACCACUUACCUGGUCACUGUCAGUGCUCGACACAGCUCUGGAAAAGAAAAGGCCAUGUCUGUCAAAGUGUGUACUCAGGAAGAGACUCCGGCCCUCUCUGACCUCCAGCUGACCACAGUGGGCAGUGAUUCGGUGCAGGUGGACUGGAAGGGCAGUCUGCCUGGUUUAAGGGGCUACUGGCUUACCUGGGAGGACCAGCAAAGCUCCACCCCUGCUCAGCGCUCCUCCCUGUAUCUGCCCCCUGACUCUCUGUCGACACAGCUCACACACUUGCCUCCUUUCGCUAGAGUAUGUGUGUCGCCAAUUUACCGCACAGCACGGGGAGAGGGACUGUGUUGCACAGCGCAGUUUCAGUCAGAUGCAUCAGCAUAUGGCUACCAGUCAUAGCACCUCUGAACUGCAUGUGCACCUUUACCAAACAUGGAGGGACGAUGGCUGAGAGGAAUGCUGACUUUCAUCCAUAAUUCUUUUCCCUGCACCUCACCCCCACCCCUUUGUGGAUAUCAUCCAGGAGAGAUGUGUGAUCCAACUUACUGAGCACUCACAUGGAAGCCAUAGACACUUGAAAGAGUGGUCUGGGACAAUGUGGCCACGUGUUGACGGCCAGAAUCUGCAGCACUGAACACCAUUUACUUCCCCAUUUGUCUUGCCUCAUCUGGAGUAGUAAACAUACGGUGCUUUACGUCUGUUUUGCAGAUACAGAGCAGAGCAUGCUGGGAAUGUUGGAUGUUGUAUGUGGCUUAUUUUGGAGACAGGGUUUUGCACCAUAUGUGGGCCUUGUGACAUUUUUCCAAACCCUGCUUAACAUCUGAUUUACAUUAACAUGAAUACUUAUGACUUGUACUUAAAUAGCCUCUUUUUCAGCACGCACCGUUAGAUACUUGCGUGUGCAACAAGAAAACAUUAACAGGAUCUUGAGGAUUUCUUUGAACUCUGAAAAAAUUGCAAACAGACCAGCCACAUGCCUUCGAACUACAAAGAUGCUACAUGCAUAUAUGAUACAGAUGUGUCUAACUGAGAAACAUCUUGUAAUGAUGUCUGCAUAUAGAUAAAGAUUCAUAUUUAUCAAUCAAUAGUCAAGUAUGAACAUGGAUAUAGGACAGUAUUUACUGACAUGCUGUUUACAUUUUUAAGACUUUUUUAAGCCAGUCUCUGCUGCCCUCUACUGAAAGGAUCCUUCCAGGCUUACUGCUGAUCCUACUGUUAAUGCUCCUGGAGCAAAACAACUGUUUUGUUUAUGUAGACCACAACUGAAAUGUAACAUAAGCUUCCAAUAAAGGUCUUUAUUAAUUUUGUU